AUAUAAACAUCCUGGCAGUUGAUAUUGGCAUUUAACAGCUGCUGACAUAUAUUUGUGUCUGUGCUGCGGCUAUAAAAAGCUAAGUUAAAUUUUUAUUAUUUUGGAAAUUUAUUUUAAUUAUUAUACAAUGCGUCUGGGUGGUGUGUUACGAUGCCGCAGCGUUAUUAAACAGCAAUAUGUGCCGCAGCACAAGCCCGUUUUGAAUGAUGAUAUAAAACGCUUGGAGGAGUUCUUGCUGUCCAGACCAAAUAUUUUGGUACUUACAGGCGCGGGCAUAUCAACAGAAUCGGGCAUACCCGACUAUCGUUCCGCUGGCGUUGGCCUGUACGCGCGCACCAAUCACAAACCCAUCCAGCAUAGCGAGUUCUUGAAAUCCGACGCAGUACGAAAACGUUAUUGGGCCCGGAACUUUGUGGGCUGGCCAAAUUUCUCAGCGACCCAACCGAAUGCUACACAUUAUGCUUUGGCGCGCUUUGAGCGCGAGCUGCGCAUCCAAGCGGUGGUCACCCAGAACGUGGACCGUUUGCAUAGCAAGGCAGGCACCAAGAACAUUGUGGAGCUGCAUGGCAGCGGCUAUGUGGUCAAGUGCUUGGACUGCGACUAUCGUAUCGAGCGGCACGAGUUCCAAAACAUACUCACCUCGAUGAAUCCGGCAUUCAGCGAUGCGCCGGACAUGAUACGGCCCGAUGGCGACGUCGAGAUCCCAGCCGAAUAUAUUGAAAACUUUAAAAUCCCCACAUGCCCGCAAUGCGAUGGCAACCUGAAGCCAGAAAUUGUAUUCUUUGGCGAUUGUGUGCCAAGGGAGCGACUCGAUGCCAUUGCCAAGAUGAUCUACACCAGCGACGGACUGCUGGUGCUCGGCUCCAGUCUGCUUGUCUUCUCCGGCUACCGCAUAGUGCUGCAGACGAAGGACCUGAAAUUGCCCGUGGCCAUUGUCAACAUUGGAGAGACGCGGGCCGACCACUUGGCUGACAUCAAGAUCUCCGCCAAGUGCGGCGAUGUGUUGCCCAAGCUCUUCGACUAUCGUCCCACAACUUAAAGAAAAACAACGGAUUUGUAAUGCUCAUGAAACUGUAAAAAUAUAUAUAUAUUAUUUUUUAAAACAUUG